AAAGCUGGUUCAAAGCGCAAACGUACAGCGAAGCAGGCGCAACCCCUUAAGGGUGGCUGGGUUUUGCCACACGGAAUGGGCAUUGGCUUCGCCAAUGCGACGACGUCAAGCGACCAUGAACCAUCAGCCAGUCAAGGGGGCACAGCUCCCAAUUCCGCUCUCACAGGUGUUUCACAGCCUGGUGAGAAGAACACCAUCCCGACGCAGAAGAAGCAGACGCGGAUCACUCUCCGGGUCACUAAGCCUGGAGUCAAGGUCCAAAUGGGUGGCCAGCAACUGCAAGACCCGGCUGUAAAGCUGGAAGAGCCAAUCGGCGAAUCUGGAGGUCUCAUCAUCCAAACGACUGAGCGCCCCGUCAAGCGUGCGCGGACAAGUUCAUCAGCUCAUGAAGCGGAUAACCUGACAACGACAAAGGGUCCACUAGAACGUGUCCAGGUUAAGGAAGAAGAGGCGGAAGUCAUUAAAAGGCAGGUUCUCAGAAAACUGGUCAUCAUCAAAGGCAUCACGCUCAAGGACAACGCUAUCGUUAAGACCUUGGACAAGAUCAUCAUUGAUGCUACGCAACUGCUAGACCCCAACUAUCGGAUCAUGGUUAAAAGGGGCAAGGAAAACCCGUACGGACUGACACCGGGAUACUCGCCAUAUCCAUAUAGGCGGGUUCCCACUCCGGAGGCUUGCGAAGAGGUGCACAGAAUUCUAACUGAAAUGCACGGCGAAGUCAAGCAGCCCGACAAGAUACCGGUAGCGUCUCUUGAAGUGGCUGGCUGUGGCGAGGUGCCUUGUGUUCUUGACGCGCUCCUCAGAACGCUUAUUAGCGGAAACACUUUGAUGGCACUCGCGGACGCCGCCAUCAAGAAUCUGGCUCAGCACUACGGCACACGUCAAGGAGGUACUGGAGCUGGAAGUAUCGACUGGGACAAGGUCCGGCUUUCGUCACAUCAGGAGCUUGUGCAAGUCAUCAGGGCGGCUGGGAAUGGACCCAAAAAAGCCCAACACAUCAAGCAGAUUCUCGACAUGGUUUAUGAAGAGAAUCUCAAAAAGGCCAAGGAGCAGACGGCAGCUGCCGGAGUAGACUCGACGGGGACUGCUGAUCAGGAUCUGCUCUCUCUCGACUACAUGCAUGGCUUGAGCAAGGACGAGGCCAUGGCGAAGUUUGUGAGCUACCCAGGAAUUGGCAUAAAAACGGCUGCGUGCGUCACCUUGUUCUGCCUCCGGAUGCCUUGCUUUGCUGUGGACACCCAUGUCCACAAGUUUUGCCGCUGGUUGGCCUGGAUUCCAGAAAGGGCCGACCCGGACAACUGCUUCAGGCACGGAGAGGUUAUGGUGCCCGACCACUUGAAGUACGGUCUGCAUCAGCUGUUCAUACGGCACGGCCAGCAGUGCUUUAAGUGCAGGAAGGCCACUAAGCCCGGCACCAAGGACUGGAAUGAGGCGCCGCAGUGCCCACUGGAGCAUUUGCUUGAUCGAAGCAAGGACGAGGCUGCGUCUGGUCCCAAGCCGAAGAAGAAACAAGUACAGGAAGAUGAGGACUCUGAAGAAGAU